AAUGGGCAAGGGCCGAGUGCGAAUAUGAAUAAGCUUACACACUCUGUGUAGUGGUGAGGUCUGGAUGUAGAUGUUUCUAUCACUUAAUGAUAAAAAUACAUCCAUCAUGAUCUAUGUACAACGAAACGCUCUUGAAAUAUUAAAAAAACAACAACAACAAAACAGUCAAUUCAAUUAAAUAUGUAUUAUAAAAAUGAUACAUUUCCGUCCGCAAUUUACUUCCGCCUUUGCAUAAAUUUGACAUGGAGAAAGAAAUACGUAAAGAAUCUUUGAAUUCUGAUGUAAUUGACAAAAUCAACGAUUUUUUCUCAAGUAAAGGAUUGGAGUCCUAUCCAUUUAAGAUCGGCUGGUACAAUGAAGUUGUGGAUGAAAACUUCAAAUUUCCAUAUAAAGAAGAUACCUUGGCUGUGGUAAUAAUCAGCACACCUUCGAUGUUUGAAGCUGGGUUGUUGCCUUAUAUUUUACGCGAGGAGUGUCCUGGUGGAGGUGAUAUGCUGGACAAUUACUUAAAAGGGGAAUUCGCUAAAAUUCAAGAGAUUUUCCCUCAGCAUGACAUUGAAGCCAUCCAUGAUUUCGAACUUCACCCCAGUCAUCGACCGAAGGUUCUAGUUCAAACAGCUGGACAUGUUGCUGGGGCUGCCUACUACUAUCAACGUAAAGAUGUACAGCCAGACCCUUGGGGCGAAGAAACGAAAAUAUUUGGCGUCAGUGUACAUCCAAAGUUUGGAGGGUGGUUUGCCCUACGCGGAGUCCUGAUAUUUAAAGACCUGCAAUGUCCAGACCUUCCCAAGAAAGCUCCAGAUGACAUUGUUCCUACCCAUGAGCUCCGAAAGGAAUUGCUGGAGAGAUUUAACUUCCGGUGGCAAGACUGGACAUAUAGAGACAUUAUUCUGGUGGAGGGGAAAUACUCAGAACAUCAGAAACUGUAUUUUGAAACACCACCAAAAGACAGACCACAGCUGAUACAAAAGUUGAAGAGAGAAUUGAAAUGAAAAGAUACUCUUGCUUAUUUCUCAAUGCAAUGUACUUUGUAGAUAGCAUACCUACUACACUAACUACAGCCUUGCAGGCACCCCUUGAUAUAUCUAAUAUGGUAUAGGAGUUUGUUUUACUAGAUGUUUUAAGUUCAUCAUCCAUCCUUUAUCAGAAUUGAGAGCUUUUAACUCCAGACGUUUGUACGUUUACAAGGAUUGAAAAUUAAUUUCGGAUGUGGUGUUGCGUGAUUGGUUGAUUGACAUUUUCGUGUGAUGUUAUCAAAUGUAUCCUUAACAGGUCAACAUAUCCACCACUUUUGUUAAUGUCCCGAUGGCCGUGUGGUCUAGCCGGCUGUUUUUUACUCUCUCCUUUUUUUACUUUACCAGUGUGGGGCCGAACCCCUCUGAAACCAAAAUAUAUAUUUAUGCUAUCACUUUAUUUUUACUGUAGUUACGAUAUCAUAGAAUAAAGUAAUGAUAAAACAAGUGUUUUCAGAUACAUAACCGGAAAAACUAAUUUUUGGUCCAAAAACAUGAGCGAGUCUGUUUAACCUAGCUGUGAUCAUGAAAUCUUUCAUACUCAAACAGACCCUGGCUUUUGUGUAGGAUUGACAGAUAUCAGAUCUAAGAACCCUUACUAACAUUUAAUUUGAAUCCAUUUUCCAUAUGUGUGCAUUAAUAUUUAUGUUUUUAUUAUCAUGGAAUGUUAACAAAAAAAUUUUAAAGUAAAAUGUAUUUAUUU